AAGAAAUCCAUUUUGAAGCACUUGAAAGAGAGGAAAAUGAUCAGGAAUAGUCAACAUGGAUUCACCGAGAGAAAAUCAUGCCUGGACAACUUGAUUGCCUUCUAUGAUGAGGAAGCUGCAAGGGUCAGAAUCCAGGAACUUGUCUUCUGAGCCAGCAUGGGACGCCGAGGCUUUUCCUUUCCUCCAAUGUUUUUCCUCGUUGGACUGUUCUGGUUUCUAUCACCAGCAACUGCCCAGAUGACAAACAGAAUUGGCAAAUGUCAGACUGAUACUCUGGGAAUAGAAUUCAUUACCUCCUACAUGAUGGACUGUGAGAACUCGGGUCACUUUGAAGUGCAAAUUACUGGUUACUUUGCCUUUACGUUAGUUUCUGUCUCCGUCUCCAAUCACACAUUUGAGAAGAAGAUUAUGGUAAAUCGGGGAGAGAUGAUGCCGGUCAAGCUACCGAAGUUGUGGGGAAUGAAGGGCUCUACCAAAUUCUCCCAUAUUGUCCUAGUCGAGUCUAACAAAAAUAUCUCAGUUGUGUCUGUCAGCAACAAACAUGAGAGCCCUGAGACCACUGUGGUGUAUCCUGUCUCCAGUUUGGGAAAGGAAUACUACAUAGUGACUCCCCCUACAAAAUCUUUAGCUAGUUACCCAGAAAUCUCAGUUAUGACAUACCAAAUGGACAACCUUGUGGCAGUCCAUGUAAAAGGCAAGCUAUAUUACCUAACAGGUAACUACUCCACUGGCAACAAGCUGGAAAUUCGGCUUGAUCCUUUCCAGGGCUUCCAGUUACAAGGCAUAGAAGAUCUGUCUGGCACCAAGAUUGUCUCAGAUAAUCCAGUAGCUGUCUUGGUCGGUCAGGUGUGUUUGUGUAAUAACACCAAAUGCAACAAUGUCUUUGAGCAGCUGCUACCAAAGUGCAGCUGGGGUACAACAUACAUCAUCCCUCCCUUACCCUGGCAGGUUGUAGAGAACACUGUUUCCGUCACUGCUUCCCAGAACACAAUUGUGUUGUAUCAGCAAAGGGAACAGCAAAAGAAUAUUACUCUGACAGAGGGCAGUGUACUCCAGCUUCCUGUCAAUUCUUCUAGCCCAGUCUACAUCUCUGCUACUGUGAGCGUCCAGGUGGUGUUGUACAGUGUGGGUGCAGCUAUCCCUAACUCCUCCCAUGCCUUCCUGAUGAAUGUUCCAGAUGUUGCCCGUCACUGCCUGAUGUAUUCUAUCAGUAACUGGGAGGGCUUCGAGAACUAUGCCUUGAUGGUGGCCAGUGCCUCAGAGACUGAUGCCAUCAUCCUAGACAAUCAGCGUCUGAGGGAAUGGGACCCAGUCCCUGGCACUAAGUACUCUUGGGGCCUGCAUAAUCUUAGCUCUGACAUCACAUCUCAUGCUGUGGAACAUCCCAGCUCUCCAUUUGUGCUCCUGAGCGUAGGCACUACCGGCACAGUCAGCUACGGGAUUCCAGGCUCCUGCAUGAACAAUAUUUUAACCUCGAAAUGCCAGAUUGAGACUUCACAGAUAAAAGAGCAGUUGGACAAGUGCAAAAAUGUCUUCCUGAAGGACAGCAACAAUGAAUUUUGCUCCUUCGUGAAUUCAACCUUAGUGAAUUUGGAGACCAUCUGUGCACAGAACACAACAGUAUCGCUGGAGGAAGUUGCUAUCCCCUUUGGUUCCCUCCUGAAUAGCUCCGCCCUCAGUGCUGGUGAGAGUAAGAAUGUGAGAUCUGCCGUGAUGCUCCUGCUGCAGAGUGUGGAACUGGCCGUACUGGAUGCUGCUUUGAAGUCUCCGAAGAUGAAGCGACAGAAUGUGACAACUGAGUCUAUGGCUAUCUCGACACUCCUCAUUGACACGAAUGCGGAUUCCUGUGACAAGGGCUUCAGACUGAGAGCUCAGGAAGACGCAAUGGACAUUGACUGCAAUACGGUCACAGAAGACUCUACGGCUAUUGCUUUUAUUUCUUACUCCACCCUGGACGUCAUCAUUAACAAGGGAAUUUUUGAAGAGGGAGAUCUAAUGGAUCAUAAGAAACUGAACUCCAGGGUGGUGAGUGGGGCUAUCAGAGCUGGGAGACACAUGAACUUCUCCAAACCUGUAAACAUCACCCUGCGCCAUAGACAGGUGAAGAAAGAGGAAGAAAAAGUUCACUGUGUUCACUUGAAAGCCAUCACUGGGAAAGACAUCUGGGCUCAUAAUGACUGCACCGUUGUGCACAUGAACAAUACUCACACCGUCUGCAGCUGUAACCAUCUCUCCAGCUUUGCCCUCCUAAUCGGUCCCAUGGGAGUGGAGGACAGUCUCCCACUGACCAUCAUCACCUACGUGGGCCUGACCCUCUCCCUGCUGUGUCUCCUCCUCGCCAUCCUCACCUUCGUCCUGUGUCGUUCCAUCCGCAAUGUCAGCACCUCCAUCCACCUGCAGCUCUGCCUUUGCCUCUUCCUGGCCGACCUCCUCUUCCUCACCUUUGUAACCCACACCAGUAAUCAGGUGGCUUGUGCGGUCACUGCUGGCCUCCUACACUACCUCUUCCUGGCCUGCUUCACCUGGAUGUUCCUGGAGGGGCUGCACCUCUUCCUCACUGUCAGGAACCUGAAAGUGGUGAAUUACACCAGCGCCAGCCGGUUCAAGAAGAGAUACAUGUACCCGUUCGGCUAUGGAUUCCCAGCCCUUAUCGUGGCUAUUUCUGCUGCAGUGAAUUCUGAUGGCUAUGGAAGUACUAAACACUGCUGGCUCAACCUGGAGAAAGGCUUUCACUGGAGCUUCCUGGGACCAGUGUGUGCCAUAAUUCUGAUAAAUUUAACUUUUUUUAUUGUAAUUCUCUGGAUCCUGAGAGACAAACUCUCCUCCCUUAAUGAAGACGUGUCCACUCUCAAAGACACCAGAGUACUGACUUUUAAAGCUGUCGCCCAGGUAUUCAUUCUGGGCUGCACCUGGAGUCUUGGUCUCUUGCAAAUCGGCUCAGCAAAAAUGGUCAUGGCGUAUUUAUUCACCAUCGUCAACAGCCUGCAGGGAGUCUUCAUCUUCCUAGUGCACUGUCUCCUCAACCGCCAGGUGAGAGAGGAGUACAGGAGAUGGAUUACAAGCACAAGAAAACCCAGCCCCACAACUCAGACUUUUAGUCUCUCCACACCCGCUGUCUCUUCCAGCCCCAAGAUGGUGAGUUGGGAAGACCCCGUCUCCACCUUAUCUUCAUGAAACCAUCACAUCUCCAACAAACCAUGCUCAUCAGGCAGCCGGCUUUGCUGUGCCAGUGGGGUUGGUGCUUCAGCUGCCAUUCUUCAUUACAGCUACCAACAAAACCUGGAGGGGAAAGCAGAAUUGGACCAAAUCUUCUCUCAAAUCCACAAUUGAAUUCAGAGGCUACUGUAGGGCUGUAGCUGGGUGUCUCUCCCUGAUUUAAAGGGCCAGCUUGCAGAUCCAGUAGUUAUUUCUUAGCAGAAGCACACCAUGGUGUGGGAGGCGACUUGCAGAGCCCUUGUACGCUAUGUGUGUGAGCUCAUUCUGCUGUUGCACCGUGAUGUGUAAACAAUAAAAUAACCU